AUGGCGGUGGCACCCAGCAGGAGGCUGCAGCGGUGCCUGCUGCUCCUGGCCGUCACCUGCGGCGCCACUUUUGUCCCCUCGCCAGCCCAGGCUUUGCAGAGGAUCGCCCUGCGGAGGAUGCCCUCCAUCCGCCAGACGCUGCAGGAGAUGGGGGUGAAGGUGCGGGAGGUGUUCCCGGAGCUGCGCCGGGCCACGCGCGGCGGAGGGGACGGUCCCCGCAACGGGACAGCUCCCACGCUCCUCACCAACUACCUGGAUACCCAAUAUUUCGGCGAGAUCAGCAUCGGGACCCCCGCGCAGACCUUCAAGGUGGUCUUCGACACGGGCUCGGCCAACCUGUGGGUGCCAUCCUACAAGUGCUCCCCCCUCUACAGCGCCUGUGUGUCCCACAGCCGCUACGACUCCUCCAAGUCGCGCACCUACAUCGCCAACGGCACCGGCUUCGCCAUCCGCUACGGCACCGGCAGCGUCAAAGGCGUCCUCAGCCAGGACAUCGUCAUGGUGUCGGACAUCCCGAUCAUCCAGGUGUUCGCCGAGGCCACGGCGCUGCCCGCCUUCCCCUUCAUCUUCGCCAGGUUCGACGGGGUGCUGGGCAUGGGCUACCCCAGCCAGGCCAUCGAUGGCAUCACGCCCGUCUUCGACCGGAUCCUGGCGCAGCAGAUCCUCCAGGAGGAUGCGUUCUCCGUCUACUACAGCCGCGCUUCCAAGAAUGCUCCCCUGAAACCCGGCGGGGAAAUCAUCCUGGGAGGCAGCGACCCGGCCCAUUACACCGGCGACUUCCACUACCUGAACGUCAGCAGGAGCGGCUUCUGGCAGAUCCGCAUGAAGGGAGUGUCCGUAGGGGCCGAGACCCUGUUCUGCAGGGAAGGCUGCUUGGUGGCCGUGGACACCGGGGCCUCCUACAUCACCGGCCCCGCCGGCCCCGUGUCCGUGCUCAUGAAAGCCAUCGGGGCCACCGAGGUGGCCGAAGGAGAGUACGUGGUGGACUGCGAGCAGGUGCCUCAGCUGCCCAACAUCUCCUUCCACCUGGGAGGGAAGGUCUACGGCCUCAGCGGCCCGGCCUACGUGCUGCGGCAAUCCCAGUACGGCGAGGACGUGUGCGUGGUGGCUUUCUCCGGGCUGGACAUCCCCCCUCCGGCCGGGCCCCUCUGGAUCCUGGGCGCCACCUUCAUCGGUCACUACUACACCAAAUUCGACCGGCGCCACAACCGCAUCGGCUUCGCCACCGCCCGCUGAGGGCCCCGGGGGCCGCGGGGGCCGGGCUGGGUGUGGAGAAGCGGCCCGGAGGCUGCAGGAGCCCCGGGAAGCAGCGAGAGAACAGCAGGUCCCUUCCAGCUCUGCCACCUCCUCUCCAAAGGCUCCAAAGCUCGCCUGCUCCCGCUGCCAAACCCCCGCGCUGCUUCCCGGGAGCCGAGCCUGGAGCGGGGCCGGGAAUCCCAGCGGGGUCCCGCGGCCGGAGCGGCCCCUCCGGGCGAUUUUAGGGCGAUGUGCCAUGACAGGAGCAGCGCGCAGGGAUUUGCUGCUGGUGCGGCUGAGGGACGCUCUGGGACUGUUUGUGUUGUUCCUAAAUUGGGGGCAACAAUCGGUGUUUAAGGAUGG